ACAAAGCGAAAUAUAUGAAUAAUUAUGUUCACUUAAAUGAAAAUUUAUUUUCGUUCAUACAUUUAAAUUUUUUUUUGAAGCAUCGUGUUAAAGCUUAGCCGACCGGCAAUUCAUAGAUUUACUCCAAAUCGAUAAUUUCAUCUAUAAUUUACAUUAUUCAUUUUUUAUCAAUCAACUUCAUACCAAGUCCUUUCUGGUUAUUUACUGUUUGCAAUGAUAUGAACUCUUCGUAUGUAUCUGAUUACCUAUUCUGUUCCGUAAGAAGGAUAGCUAACUCAUUAUGUACUCUUCUACCUUUAGCAAAUUGUCUGGGUUUAACGAAUGUCUGGUAUAACCUAUUUUUGGGUCAUUUAUUGAUUAUAUUUAUUCAUUUAACAAUCUUUAAAUUUCACGGUUACGCGGAAAAAUAACAACGAAAGGUCAACACUGUAAAUACUUCAUUAACGCGUACAUAUAAACGAAGACUGGAGUAUAAAGCAACAGAAUCAUACAUAUGUCCGAAUACAUGGACCAUUUGUUACUAGCGAAAUUACUGUUGAAUCCAAUUCGAACCGUAUUUCACUGCUUAGAAGAUCACGGCGGAACAGUAAGUUAUUCGAAAAUCCAAUGCCUAUUCGUACCGAAGAAAACAAUUCCAUUGGCAAAUUACAUUGCGUUGACUUCUUGUGGAGGAUUAAAAGCGAUGCUUCAAUCCAAACAGCUAAGGCAUAUCUUUCAGCCAUCAAAAAAAUUAUUGACCCUAGUUGCCAAUAAUGGGAAUCAAAUUUCCAGCCCUAAUCUUUACCCAAAAUUAAUCUCUUAUGUUAGCGAACAAAAGAAGAAGAGAAAACCAAAAUUUUGGAAGGAAAUUAACAGGAAGUUAUCAGACUUAUGUAAAAGUGAAAAUGUAAAACAUGACGAUGCCCUCUCCAUGAAGAUUGAAGACGCAAAAUCUGCUGCCUGUAUUCCGCGUUCACAUGAAGGCUACAAUGAGAAAAAAAAAGUACUUGACCAAGAAAGAGAAGUGGAGAGAGAUAUUGAGUACUUCACUUCCUUACUUUUAUAUCCCAUAGAGGCCUUUUUAUGGCACUUGAAAGAAUCCAAAGACGGUAUAAGACGUCGAGAUCUAAACAAAAUUUUAGUCAACCAAAAAACUUGUCCUAUCAAGCUAGAAAAUAGAGAUUUUUUGAUUCUAUCUCAGCUGGGAGGCAUUGAUAGUAUUACUACUUCUGGUCACUUAAAUCCUCUCAUUUUAUUUGACGCUAAGUCAACAACUAUUAAAUUAAAACGUUCAUUGCAGAAGGAUACUCUGACGAUUCUUCGCAGAUGUUUACAUGAGUGUGUCAGGGAACGUCGUGCAUCUUUGAAACCUGAUGCCUGGAAGGGUAUAUGUAAUUAUCUGAAGAAGAUUUCUAUCAAGGAUAGCUCUUUUUCUAUAUUGUGUGAUCAGACUGAAAGUGCAGAAUCCGAAGUUUCUGAUAGUGUAGAAAGAAAUCCUAACCGCAUGUUGGAAUUGGAUUCUACGUCAAACACGUUUGGGAACUCUGGUCUUUUGCCCCUUUGCUCUUUAGCUAAUCAGUCUUUUUUUUAUUUUCAUAAUUCAAUCAGUAUUUUACUAAGGGAUUUGCUAUUGGAACCUUUUCAAGCUUUGUUUAUUUAUUGCUCUUUUCUUCAAUCAUCCAUGUCUAUUGAAGAAAUUGAUCGCUUUUUUAAUAUUAUUUUAGAAUCAAGCCUCUUACGAAAUUCUACUGGAUCUGCUUUUCACGUGAUGGGUGGUAUUGCAGCGAUCUCAUCUGCAACAUCUUUAAAGCAUCUAUUUGAUAAAAAAGAAAAUGAUUUUUUAAAGAUAAAGUUUCCGUUGACAGCUGUAUUUCAUGGAAAUUUGAGAAACGAUUUACUCAAAUAUGUCGAAGAUAUUGUUUUCAAGAUCCCUGCUGAAGAUUUGUCACGAAAAAAAAAACCGCUGUUUAUAAACCUAAUGGAUGAGUUGGCGUUUACCAAAUCGGACACAUUGCUGGAUAACGUUAGGAAAUCAAAGGCACAAUUGAAAAUGGUGUGUAUGCUGCUCCCAACAUUAAGGACCUUAAGUUACGAAUUUUCCAAAAACCCUUGUCUUUCAAUGGAGAUUAUGAAAUCGUUAUUUUAUGAAAAGGUCUUGGAAGAUAAUACUGAAGUUUCAGCAGUAAUUUUGCAGCUAGUCGAAAAAUUGGGUGGCAUCGUCAAGUACUUAUGUUCUGAAGAAUUUACCUCUUUAUUUAAGGUUCAUGAAAAUCUUUCGGGAAAAACGGCAUUUGAUAGUAGGGGAUUACUUUUUACAGCAUUUACUUCAGUGUAUCGGUUUGCAAAUAAUACCCUGCUACAAAACCCAGGGCUUAUAGACGAUCUCAACAAUGUUCCAGAUGAAUACUUUACAGAUGAAAAGCUGGAUCCAAAAUUCGUGUUUGAAGCUCCCACUGUCGAAAAAGCGAAUAAACCGCAUGUCACAAAGAAAGUAGCAGCGGCUAAAGCCGAACACGACUUGAUCCCAGAUAAAACAAAGGCAAUAUCUCUGAAGCUUUUAAAUUUGCUUAAAGCAGAAAAGAGAGAAAAGCAGAUGUCUAAUAUGCCUUUGAUAAAGGCCACGCAUCUUCCGGUAGAAUUUGGAAAAACCAAUAUAUAUGAUGUUAAUCAUGUUGACUUACUUAUAAUGAGAAAAUCGGUCAAUGGUAUUAAAUCUUCUCAACAAAUACUUUCAUUCUUGAAUGAAUAUUUCUUGAGCAAGAUGGAAAAGUCUUCUGUGAACCGGUAUUUAGAGAAGUUAGAGAAGUUAGGCUUGAUCACUGAUUCUUUUCCGCGUAAGCUCACACCAAUGGGUGAAGAAUUUUUAAGUCAUCCAAAUGAACGGAAUCCUUUUACGAUGUCGGAAAUUAAGCACAUAGCUCUUUCUCACGAACUUCAAAAGGAAAGAGAGAAAGAUAUUUAUAAUGCAUAUUACAAGAGAAUGAUUGAUCCCAAACGGGGAAAUUUGGUACAAAAAUUACAAAAGAGUAUACAAACGUUAUUAAGCAAGAAGUUAGCUCUUCCUGUACAAGUUCAUACCUUGGGAUCGUUCAAAACUGGUUUAAUGACGAAGCAUUCAGAUGUCGACUUGGUUGUUACAUCAAAAAAACCAUUGAUAAAGAAAUAUAAUUUUAUUUUGAAACUGAUUCGUGAAGAAUACAAAAAAAUAAUUCCGAUACGAUAUGCCAGGGCUCCUGUAAUAAAAUUUUCUACAUCAGAAGGACUAAGUUGUGAUUUAACGUUCGAUUCCAUGAUUGCUGAACGCAACUCUUGCUUAAUUAAGACAUACUUAGAUAUAGAUGAAAGAGUGAAAGUGUUUGUUUCUACUAUCAAAAACUGGGCAUCACUUCGCAUGAUUGACAAAUCUUAUUUUAAUUUUCCUUCUAGUUAUACCUGGUGUAUAAUGGCUCUUUUUUAUGUUCAACAGCUUUCGCCUCCCUUACUGCCUAAUCUUCAAGCAAAAAAUACCGAAAAUUCUCAUAGGCUGCGUGAUUCUAGCGGUGAAACGGUGAAUUGUUGGUUCGAAACAAGAACAGAAUUAUAUAAAAUAGAGGCAAAGUUGAACAAAAGCAGUGUCCAUGAUUUGCUUGUCGGCUUUUUUCGUUAUUACGGCUCUAAAGAAAAUGACUCCUUCGAUUGGAAUCAACAUAUCGUUGAUAUAUCUUAUAACUACCCUAUUCAAAAGAAAACCAUAAAACACGCCAUUCAAUCUCGACUGAUGGUUAUAGAUCCAUUUCUUAAAAAUAGGAAUCUCACAUCAGUUCUCAGUUCCGCUUCGAGAAAAUUGGUACAAUAUGAAAUGGAAAGAGCCUAUCGAAUACUAACUAAUCAUAAUGCUACCAUUGACAGUUUGAUGGAUCCUUCUGUUCGAUAAGGAUGCUUUUCCUUAACAGAUUAUGCAAGAAUAUGUUGGUAUUGGUAUUCUAUUGUUCUUUUUGGUGUUCUAGUGGUUAAAUGAAGUUAAGGACUAGACCUUUAGCUUGUAUUUACAGUAAGUUAAGCAGUAGAUUAGCAGAAGAACCUAUUCAAAAAUAAAACCAGUGAAGAUCCUUGCAAUGUAAACGAUGUUAGAAAGAUAUUUUAAAUUAAUAACGUUAAGGAAAAUACGCCUAAAAAAACACACACAAACA